AUGGUCAAUCAGAGAGGGUUUGGACAGAAGGGUAAGCUAAGCCCUAGGUUUAUUGGGCCUUACUGCAUACUGAAACGUGUGGGACCGAUUGCCUAUCAGCUUGAGCUACCUCCAGAGUUAGACCGGAUUCAUAAUGUGUUCUACAUCUCUAUGUUGGAGCACUGCCACUCUGAUCUUGCGCAUAUCAUCUCGACUGAGGAGAUUGAGGUUAGACCAGAUCUGACUUUUAAGGAGGAACUAGUUCAAAUUCUAGAGCGUGAUGUAAAAGUGCUAAAGAAGAAGUCUAUCCCACUGGUUAAGGCACUUUGGCAUAAUCACAGCUCAAAAGAAGCCACGUGGGAACCUGAGGAGGCGAUGCGGCAACAAUACCCUCUUUUGUUUUGA